UCCGCAUACACGGUGUGGUAUAUAAGAUGGAAAAUGUGAAAAUUCAGAAAAGCGUUUGUUCCCCAUAUUUAGUUCAGUUUUGACGUUUUGUGUGUGUGACGAGAAAAAUUUCAUCGCUAAUUUGCACAACGACACAUUUUUCUUCACAGUCAAGCAGCCAAACACUGGCCAAGAUUGAAGACAGUGGACUUGAAUGAGUAAAAAAAAAAACAAAUUUAAUCGAAAAUCGAAACGAUACGAAAGCUUCAAAUACGAACAAAUAAAAGAAAAACAAGACCAUAAACCAAUAUAAAACAUUUUAUUUUCGUUUGAUUAAGUCGUUGUUGCAUCUAGUAUACUCUCGUUUUAAUAAUAAAAUAACACCAGUGAUACAUUUCAUAAGUUUAAACAUCAAUUUUGCCUGUAAAUUGUUCGCUCGCACAUAAAUUAGCUGAAGUGCUAUACUUUUUUGAAACAGCGAACCCCUUAGCGAAAGAAGAAGAAAAAACCGUCUCUGUUGAACCAAAUAAAAGAAAAGAACAGAAUUUUUGUGUUUCUAGGGAAUUUGAAUGAAGCUUAUCGAUUAGAGAGAAACAGAAAAAAUCCAAUCAAGUAAAUUUUCACACCAGAACAACAGCAAAAAUUGAUAAGAUGCUAUGAGUUGGAACAAAUAACAUCGACUUGAACGGAGUGCGAGAGUGCGUGAGCCGAAAUAGAAUUGAGAUACAAAUAAAAGAGAAUCGAAAUGUUGCCGCAAUGGGAACGAAAAAAAAUGUAAAAUGUGAAAAUAGUGAGAGAGUGGUAAAAUGUGAAUGAAAAGUUUCCAAUCAUUUGGAUGGUGACUUUUUUAUCUUUGAUUUGUCACUGUUGCUUUUUUGUCAAUGUCUCGUUCUUUCACUUUUUGUUGAAUAAAUGGUGGAUAAACAGCACACUACUUGUCACAACGAAUCGUUUUAAAUAAAAUCAUUUUUUUUUUCUUCUCUUGGUGACACUUUAAGUAGGACUACGAAACAAAAUACGAACAAUCUAAUAGUCGGUGCCAUCAUUGAUAAUAUAGAACCCAAGGGCAAAUUUAAUAUAUCCGAGAGUAGCUGAGCUCGAAAGCAUUUCUUUAUCAGCUUACGGAAUGUGAUGAAAAAAGAUAAAUAUAAUACGACAACAGUAAACAAAAGCAUAAAAUAAAAGUAUGAUGAAAAAUGACAGAAGAAUAUCAACGCAUUGAAAAUUAACCUAAAACUCAUUGAACUGAGCCGAAAAAAACACAACAACAACAACAUAAGAAUGAAAUGAAAUAAACAAAAAGAGUACGUCCUCAACAGCACAGAGCAUUAUAAUAAAAUACAAACUCUUUCAAGCGAACUUACUUUUGUCACAUCUUAUUUUCAUUUCCAUUUUCCAAGUAUAAAUUUAAAAAGUUAAGGAGUUAAGCGAAUUAAAUGACGUCAACCUACAAUAACAGCAACAAAAUACAAGAAUAAAAUCAAAUUGAAUCCGGUAUUUCAUUCGGUUAUACGGUAUAAAAAAAGGAACGCUAAUAAAUAACGCCACGAAGAAGACAAAAAAAUAAUCUACCGAAAAAGAGUAAAACGAAGCGAACGAAGAAUAGAAAAAAAAAGAAGAACGGAAAGAGAAAGGAAACGAAAUAUAUUUACAAUAGACAAAUGAAUCGAUUUAAUUACUUAAAACAACAAACUCAAUAGAGAAGCAGCAAUUCAGUCAAGUGUGAAAGAAACUCAAGGGAAAAAUGUCAGAUAGCAACCAUAAUGCGAUGAAAUGGAAUAUCCUCCAGCAGAUGCUUAACAUUAAAAGUUAACACUGUGAUGUCAACCGCCAAACGGCUGGUUCUGUCCCUGCGAGGACGGAAAGAAUCUCAAACAACAGCCGGAACAUCAUCAACACGUCUAGUGUCUGCCACAAGUUUGUCACCGGGCCAUGAAUUAGAUGAGAUAGCGGUGGUAUCAGGUAGCGGAGAUUCAUGUCAUGCACUGUCUUAUGGAAGUUUAAACCAACCGAACGGGCCAUCUUAUGCAGGUAUGGCCACUAAAUCAACAAUGAACCGGCCGCAAUUUAGUCAAAGCAUUUCUCAACAAGGAUUUUUCUCGACAUCACGCGAUAGCAUAUCACCGCAAUGUCCAACACGUACGUCACACACACAUGUAUCGGCGACCGCAUCCGAAAUGGAUUUGUCACGGAAAAAUCGUCGAAAAGAACGUGGCCGUUUGAAAGCUGGCGAACAACCGUUGCUCGAUUCAUGGAAUCGAACCGGUGCACGCGGUUCAACGGUAAAUACAUUGGGCACAAAUGCAUCAAGUAAUCAUUUGGGGACAACAUGUGCACCACCCGGUGGCUGCAACGGAACUGAUCGGUUCGGUCGACGAUCAGGUUGUUCAACGACAGCAUCAGCAUCGGUGCGACAGCGACAUUCAACCAAAUUUGUAUUUGAUCCAGCUGGCCGUUUGUGCUAUUAUUGGUCAAUGGUUGUAUCGUUGGCCUUUUUAUACAAUUUCUGGGUGAUAAUCUAUCGGUUUGCAUUCCAAGAGAUAAAUACACAGACAAUUAUUGUGUGGUUUUGCUUAGACUAUUUUUCGGAUUUUCUAUAUUUAGUGGAUAUUUUAUUUCAUUUUCGUACCGGUUACUUAGAGGACGGUGUUUUACAAACAGACUCAACAAAAUUACGACAACAUUAUAUGAAUUCAACGACAUUUUAUAUUGAUUGCUUGUGUCUGUUGCCAUUAGACUUUUUAUAUCUAUCGAUCGGUUUUAAUUCCAUACUACGAUCAUUUCGUUUAGUGAAAAUUUAUCGGUUUUGGGCGUUUAUGGAUCGCACCGAACGACAUACAAACUAUCCAAAUUUAUUUCGAUCCGUUGCCCUAAUACAUUAUCUACUGGUUAUAUUUCAUUGGAAUGCAUGCCUAUAUCAUAUAAUCUAUAAAAAUAAUGGAUUCGGUUCGAAAAACUGGGUGGUAUUCCAUGACUCAGAAUCGGCCGAUGUGGUGAAACAGUAUCUGCAAAGUUAUUAUUGGUGUACGUUAGCAUUAACAACGAUCGGUGAUUUACCGCGACCACGAUCCAAAGGCGAAUACGUAUUUGUCAUUGCUCAGCUAUUGUUCGGUUUAAUGCUAUUCGCAACGGUUUUGGGACACGUUGCAAAUAUUGUGACAUCGGUUAGUGCUGCUCGAAAGGAAUUUCAAGCUAAACUGGAUGGUGUGAAAACAUAUAUGCGAAUGAGACGUGUGCCUAAUCAUCUUCAAGUGAAAGUGAUAAAAUGGUUUGAUUACCUAUGGCUAUCACAGAAAUGUUCGGACGAGGAACGAGCUGUAUCGUGUCUUCCUGAUAAAUUAAAGGCUGAAAUAGCAAUAAACGUCCACUUAGAUACUUUGAAACGUGUAGAAAUUUUCCAAAAUACUGAAGCCGGUUUCCUAUGCGAACUAGUGCUGCGAUUGCGACCGGUAGUUUUUUCACCUGGUGAUUUUAUUUGCAGAAAAGGUGAAGUUGGCAAGGAAAUGUAUAUAGUAAAUCGUGGUCGAUUACAAGUUGUCGCUGAUAAUGGUAAAACUGUGAUGGCAUCGCUGAAGGCAGGUUGUUAUUUCGGUGAAAUAAGUAUACUAAAUAUGGGAACUCAAGCAGGUAAAGAGCUUGGAAAUAGACGAACGGCAAGCGUUAGAUCGGUGGGUUACAGUGAUUUAUUUGUGCUAAGCAAAAAGGACAUGUGGGAUGUUCUCAAAGAAUAUCCAGCGGCUAGAGUUCGAUUAGAGGCGAUUGCUGUCAAACGUCUGGAAAAAUACAAAAAAGCUCCACUGGAAAAAGUUGCAAUGGGACGUUGUCAAUCAACACCUGGACUCGUUGAAACCAAAGGUCGAAUAUCUAUCUUCGAAGAUAUGUGGCUAAAUUCAGCUCCUCAGCCAACAAUCUACAAUCAACAGCCUUUGAUUAGUCGUGCUCCAAGUCCUCGAUCAACCAGAGGCGAUCCAAUUUUGGAGCGCCCCACUAAAGUUAUCGAUUCACCCGGCUCAAUUAGUCCAAGUGUACACAGUUCUGACGAACGACCGCGUAGUCGUGCAGCAUCACAUCAGUUCCGACCACAAUCUCAACCAAGUCGAUCAGGACAUCAUCCAUGCGAAUCUUUAACACACUUGGAAUCAUCGGGAGCGACACCGUUGCUCGGUUCACACGAAGCCUUGGAAGAUGAAAUCAAACGUCUGCGUGAACGAUUGCAUACCGUUGAAAAUGAAAAUGUUGCAUUGAAUUCAAAAUUAUCACAACAACAAUGGGAAUUGGAAAAUCGUUUAGCUGAUAUUGAAAUGCAAUUAUGCGGCGCAUCAUCAGCAUCAAGCAUCGAUCACGAAGAAAUAGAUGUUGAAGAUGUUGAACGGAAUCGUGAGAGUAUCAUUUAACAAAAGCUGCCCAAACAAAAACGAUCAUCACCACGUGUCGUUGUCAUCGUUUUCGUUGCCACACUUUUCCAUUGUUCAUCAUUCCGUUUAUUUUCACGAUAUUAUGAUCGCAAAGAGAACCAACCAAAUUCAAAAUUUGUUCGUUUCAUAUUUUAAAUAGAGACUAUAUAUAAAUAUCAGGAACAGUUUUUUUUUCGUCAAUUUGCACAUAUAGACAUUUUUCAUGCUACCUCGAAUCGAUUCAAACGGCAUUCAGACUCGAAUUUGAACACACACACACACACAUUCACACACACAAAUUACACUUUUUGCAAAUACACUAAUUGAUGCUAUCCAAUAGUCGAACGCUUUGACUUUUCAGACUCGCAUACAGAGGAGCUUUUGAAACAGUUUAGUUUCGAUCAUGAUAAACAAUCUAAAAAACCAUCAAAACUAAACGUACUGAACUGGCUAUUUUCGAUUUUGACAACUACAGUUACAAUUAUUCCAUUUAAAGGCAAUUAGCAAAUUAUGACAUGUAAAUAUUAUAUAAAAAAAAAUCAAUCCAAAAUCACCAUAAUAAAUAAAUGGAAUAUUUCAACCAAGACAAAACACAGAAAUACCGUAUUGAAAAAAUAAAAAUAAAAUAAAAACAACCAAAAUCAAAAUACGAUUUAAAGAGUUAUCAACAAUUGUCAAUGUUUCAUCGAUGUUCGACCAAAAAAAUAAAAGAAAGAUUCAUAGAAUAAAAAUUGGUGUGCUUUGUGCAUUCGUCGACUUCAUUCGGAAUAGAGGUCAUAUGUGUAUACAGCUGGAUAUCUACAGAGAGCACAUUGCAAAGAAAAUAAAUUCAAAUAGUAAACAGAGCUGUGAAUCUAAAAUUAAAUUUAAGUUGUAACCAAAAGAGAACAAAAAAAUUUAAUUCAUUUCAAAAUAUUGUCAGUAUAAUUAAGCAAAUAUAUAAAUAGCUAAAUAAAUAUCGGAACAAAGCAAAUAACAGAAAAAUCACUAAAAAAAAACAUGGAAAUUGAAUGAUUGAUGUCUUGAAAUGGCUAGCAAAUCAAUGAUGCUUACAACCGUCAAGAUGAAAGAAAAAGAAACUUCUUCCUUUCACUCUGAUGAGUUCGAAAUGUCAAACGUGAAUAAGGCAAACAUUGACAACAACAAACACACCACACACCAUAUUUGUGGAAUGAAAUCGGAACAAACACACUUUACUGCCACAUAAACACACACACACACACAUACACACGAGUCAUUCGCAGAAAAUAAACAAUAGAAAAAACAGAAUUGUUUAAACGACUCGAACUAUUUAACGAAAGCUUCGCCGGAAUUAUAAGAAGACAAAGAAAAAACGGUCAAUUUGCAAAUAAAUAAUAACAAAAACACUGAUUAUAAUAAAAUAACAGCUUUAAAAUUCAUUUUUUUAAGGAAAAAGAAGACAAAAAAAUAACUAACCAAUUUCUAAACCUUUGUAAAGAACUAUGAGUCAGUGUCAAGGUUUUUCUCCGUCGUCUUAAAGCAACGAAGGACUAAUUUGAGCACGUAUUGUUCGUGCGUAUGACAUUCCAUUGCGCUACUUGCAUAUUGCGAAUAUUGAUAAUAACGUAGACAGAAUUUUAAACAAAAUUUAAAAUGGUUUAGUUCUUUUUAAUAAUUAAAAUUACGUAAAUGACAAAUGAACAACAAACCAAAACAAAAACUUAUUUAGGAAUAAAACGAAUCUACGAAUAAUUAUUUAAAUAAUUGAAAAGAGAAAAAAAUGCAGUAAAAACAUAGAAUACAUAUUCCAUUAUAUGAAAAUCAAUAAAUUUUCCCUUAAAC